AUGCGAGAGAUCGUUUUGUUCUACGGCCAUAAGCUCAUUGCUCCAGUUGCCUCUUCGGUAUUAGGCAGUUUCUGGAGCUGGCAGCCUGGCUUCCCUCUCAUCGCUAACCCUGCAGCUGCGCAGGCCCUGAUCAUCAGCCUUGAGGCCCUGGCACUGCAUUGCUCCCCUCAUACCAGGCAAGUUCUCGAAGGCAAAAUUAUAUAUAAAGACAGAACAAUCGUCGGCUCAGGUAAGAAAAUCCUCUUUCGUCAAAACUACGUGGAUGCAUUUUCUGAAGAGGCUCAUAUUUCCCGAAAACACCGCAAGGAAUCCUACACGCAAUUGCAUAAUCCUUAUGUGGAAAGAGCAGCUGGUGUGACUGCAGGCACCCACCUCGAGUCAUGGAGAGUUGAGUGUACACCGAUGGGGGCUGUUGAGACCCCAGUUAAUGAGAAAGCAGGGGAUCAGAAGGAGGAAGGGAGGCGCCGCAGGCCUCUGGAUACCUCAUCCAAUGACAACAUCGCAAGGGGAGCAUCAACCCCAACGCUGAUCGCCGUGCAGGCUCGCUCGAUCUGGCCUCUUGUUGGUCUUUUAUUCGAGUCAUUGAAACCAUAUGAAACUGCCACUUUUAUAGGUCAGCCCAUCACACCAACCAAGAUCUUAGAGAGUGGAAGUGAAGUUCGGCAGAUCAGGGACCUCUGGCUGACUUGCUCUGGGCCCGGGCGUGGCGGGCAGGACCUGCAAAUCUGCCCGCCGGCCCGCACUGGAGUGGCAGGUUGUGCUACAGUAGCGCCCAGUGAAUCAGGUGUUGCUGACGCUCCUGGUCGGGACUCCCACUUUGCGACCCCACGCACUAGACAUCUGCUGCACGGAUACAGGUCGGAGAGCGGCGCCGGACACUCACUUCUCACCCUCCAACGUCAGUCCUCCCGCGCAGGUCGGCUCACCUCGCCCUCGCACGCCCUCCAGGCUCCAGGUGGUUCCCCUCCCCCAGCUCCGCCAGAGAGGCGCCGGCCCCGGGAUUCCCGCACUCCGCCCAGAGAGGGGCGCGCUCCCUGCCCGGGAGAAGCCCUCUGCCGCAGCCGCGAGUGUUGGUGCUGGGCCCAGGUGCCGGGGGAUUCCUUCCCCGGACGCUUGCCGCGGGCCGGGUCAGGGCUCGGAGUAGGCGGGGCGGGGCGGGGGCGGUGCUCCGGUGGGCGCGCGGAGCCAGCCGGGGCGGGGGCGCGGCGCACCUUGCUCCCGCCGCCCCCGCCCCGCGCCGCCGCCAGCCCCUCCCAGCGCUCCCGGCGCCCCCGCCCGCCAGAGACGGUUCCAGCCCCUUCCGUCCGCCCAGCUCCGCCGCUGUCCUCCGCCGGCCCGCGUGGGAGGACGAUGGGUCAGCGCGGAAAAAGUGAAUGAGGGCGGCAA